AGGAAGGCGCGCGCGACGGUCGGAUAUCGGGCCCCCCCAUCCUUUGCCCCAGAAUAAGCGCGCCUUCCGCCGCUCUCAGACACCCGCCCCUCCCCCCUCGCGGCCAGGGCGCUGGAAAACGACGCGGUCAGCAGAGUUCUGCCUCAGACUGCUCUCCCAAAUAAGCCUUUCAGUCUUGACUUCGUCAGUCCGGACUCGCCCCUUCGCUGGGCGCGGAAUGAACUGCUCCAACGGCCUCUUGCACUCACCUCUGCUCGCCCGCGAGGCUCCGGCCUCGAGAUGGUGAUCCUGAGCGCGCUGGGUCCUGGAGUGGCGCGGCUACUCUUUUACCCGACACUUCUCUACACCUUGGCGCGGGAGUGGCUGCCUGGAUCGCGACGGCCGUGGUUCAGCCGCAUCGACCGCACUGUGCUGCUGGGCGCGCUGCCUUUGCGGGGAAAGUGCCGCCAGGUAACGGGAAUCUCCCCGAGGACGCUCCCGACCCCGCUACGCCCCUCCUCAGCCGGUCAGUUCGGCCCAGCGGGUGCAAAGGAAAGAGGUGCUUCUCCUGGGUCACUUUAAGGGGCAGCUAGUGCGGGAAAAAUGAAUAUGGAAUUGCUGGCAGUGGAUGCUCCGGUUUUCCAUCUGCCUCGUGCUUUUAAGCAGCCACCGGAUUCGCAGUUUUCAAGGAGGGAGUUGGUAGAAGAGAAUGUGCGAGGUGUGAUCACCAUGAAUGAAGAAUAUGAGACUCGCUUUCUAUGCUGCUCUCACCAGGAGUGGGAGGCAAUGGGUGUAGAAUGCCUUCGUCUUAGCACUGUGGACCUGACAGGAAUCCCUUCAUUGGAAAACCUGCAAAAAGGUGUCCAGUUUUUACUGAAGCAUCGUGAAUGUGGAAACAGUGUGUAUGUGCAUUGCAAAGCUGGCCGCUUUCGUAGUGCCACUAUGGUUGCAGCAUAUUUAAUUCAGCUGUACCAGUGGACUCCUCAGGAAGCAAUAGAAGCCAUUGCUAAGAUCCGGCCUCAUAUCAUCAUCCGCCAAAAACAGGUACACUUACUAGAGGAAUUUCAUAGGAGUGUAACUGCUGGAACUCCUGCAGGAGGAUGGCAAGAACCAUCAAAGACAGAGCAUGGGCUGGCAGGUGGACAGAAAAACUCACUGGGGAUACAGCAAGAAAAGCAAAAGCCGCCAGAGGAUACACAGGAUUGCACUUGGAAAUAAUCAGAUUCCUAAUGUAUUGUUGAUUAGGGACAGGCUAUGAUUGUCUUAUCUACUAAUAAAUCUUCCUACAGCAUUAGAA